GAGAAAAGAAUAUGAAAUAGAAAAUUCAUGGCCACAAUUAACUUAAUCUUAUGUUGAAAAAGUAAAUUGGAUAAAAUAUAUUAUUUGUUCUAUGAGUCCCUCGACUCUAAAUAUAGAGAGGAGAAAUGAAAUGAGAGGGGGUAGUCUUGUGCAGCAAAUCAAAGAUGAGAAUCCAAAAGAAUCAAAACUACUUUUUGCUUAGCCUCCUACUUGUUCUUGGCUCAGUGACUAGCAAUGCAGUAUCUGUGGAAUCCAGAUACGAUACCGUUUCAUUUAAUCGUAGCAGUUUUCCAGUAGGUUUCCUUUUUGGAACAGCUUCAUCGUCUUACCAGUAUGAAGGUGCAGCGAAUGAAGGGGGCAGAGGACCAAGUAUUUGGGAUACUUACACGCACAGAUAUCCAGGUAAAAUAAAGGAUGGGAGCAAUGGAGAUGUGGCUAUCGAUGCAUAUCAUCGAUACAAGGAAGAUGUUGGGAUAAUGAAAGAGAUGGGCUUAGAUGCUUACAGAUUUUCUAUUUCAUGGUCUAGAAUUUUACCAAAAGGGAAGCUAAGUGGAGGAGUGAACAAAGAGGGAAUCAAAUACUACAACAACCUCAUCAAUGAGCUUUUAGCCAAUGGUAUUCAACCCUUCGUCACUCUCUUCCAUUGGGAUCUUCCUCAAACCUUGGAAGACGAAUAUGGUGGUUUUCUUAGCUCUAAGAUUGUGAAAGAUUUUGAAGAGUAUGCGGGUAUAUGCUUCGAAAACUUUGGAGACAGAGUGAAACAUUGGAUAACACUGAAUGAACCCUGGAGUUUGAGCAGUGGUGGAUAUGCAUUAGGCAUUUUAGCGCCGUUUAGAUGUUCAGAUUGGCAGAGAUUGAAUUGUACAGGCGGGGAUUCAGGAACUGAGCCCUAUAUUACAGCGCACAACCAGCUUCUUGCUCAUGCCGCUGCUGUUAAAUUGUACAAGACAAAGUAUCAGGCAACUCAGAAAGGCAUCAUCGGAAUUACCUUAGCGUCUAACUGGUUUGUGCCUUUCUCGAAAGCGAAGAAUCAACAAAAUGCUGCAAAACGAGCCCUCGAUUUCAUGUUUGGUUGGUUUAUGGAGCCAAUAACAUAUGGUGACUAUCCACACACACUAAGGUCUCUUGUCGGGAACCGAUUACCCAAAUUUACAGAAAAGCAAUCCGAAAUGCUAAAAGGGUCGAUCGAUUUUCUUGGGUUGAACUAUUAUACUGCUAAUUAUGCAGCCUAUGUUCCUUUUUCUAAUGCUAUUAAUGCUAGCUAUCUUUCUAAUGCUAUUAAUGCUAGCUAUUUAACUGACGUUCGUGCUAAACUUUCAUCUGAGCGUCGUGGGAUUCCAAUUGGUCCUAGGGCAGCUUCAGACUGGCUCUAUGUUUAUCCGAGAGGAAUUCGAGAUCUUUUGUACACGAAAGAGAAAUACAGGAAUCCCCUUAUUUAUAUAACUGAGAAUGGUAUUGACGAGUUCAAUAAUGGCACACUAACACUAGAAGAACAGCUGGUUGAUCAUAUGAGAAUCGAUUACUACUAUCGCCAUCUUUCUUUCCUUAGAAAAGCAAUCGAAGAUGGUGUGAAUGUGAAGGGAUAUUUUGCAUGGUCAUUACUGGAUAAUUUCGAAUGGAGUUCAGGUUAUACUGUGCGAUUUGGCAUCAACUACGUAGAUUAUAAAAAUGGGUUGAAAAGAUAUCCCAAGCUUUCUGCUCGCUGGUUCAAGAAGUUUCUCAGGAAAUAGAGCAUUUCUAUGUAUAAUGUUUUUUUUACUCCUUCCGUUUCAUUUUGUUUGCAUGGUUUGACAAUACCCGCAUAUUAAGAAUUUAGUCGAUAAAAGUUAUUUUGCUUUUUUUA